GCUUUGCAUGGCUAUCGACUCAGCUAACAAUGCCAAGGAUGUGUUUGCAGUGCAACAUGGUAGCCUCCUUGCUAUAAAUGUUCAACUAAAACCUGCAUAGUCAUUUUAAUAUCAGACUGUAUUCAUCACGCUUCGGUCCGGAUCUUGGUUUUCAAGCUCCAGCUUCUCCUUGGCACUAUCGCCAGCUGUGACUCCUGCUGGGCAAAGGAUGGACUGCACUGUAUUUGUUUAGCGAUACACACACACACACACACACACACACACACUUCCUGUCCCUCCCUUAAUGUAAAGUAGUGGUAAAUGAAGUUAAGACUGUGUAACGUGUCGUUGCACCUGCUGAUGGCGACUGACGCUUCCCUCUGGCAUGGCCAUGAAGCAAGACGCGUGAGAGCACGUGGUGGUGGUUUUGGAGAGCACUCGUUCACCACACUUCACAUUCAUUUCCACCAGGGAAAGCGCCUGCCCGUGGCACCAAGAACACUGUCCAAAACCUUUUUUUUAUGUUUAUUAUACGCCGUCUUUUAUAGCAUGGGUGAGGCUCGGAGGCCAUUCAAGGUUGAAAGUGCUGAUGCAACAAUGGAAGCAAUCUUUUGGGCCUUUUUGAAAGGAUCAAAUGGUUUAGAAAACAUUCCUCUUCUUCUUCUGCUUGUGCUUCCGUCCAGUCAAGACGUGAGAUGCAUUUUAGCCCCGCUUUCAUUUCCACCUCACACUUUGAAAAAGCCAUGAAAUUAAAUCCAAAUAGAAACCUCAAAACCUGUUGGCUUUUUCUUUUAUUUAUAGUUUGUAUUUGUGUUUAUAUUUUAUAUAUAUUUAGAUUACAUAUUUUUAUUUAUAGUUUUUCAUAUCUUUAAUGGCUUUUUAUUUUAUAAUAUAAAUAUUAUUUAUUGGUGUUUGGUGUUUAUAUAUGUAUAUAUAUGUAUAUACAUAUGUAUAUAUAUACAUAUUUACAUACAUACAGUACAUAAAUAUCUAAAUAUUUUUUAGAUUUAGAAUUGGUGUUCAGGUGCCGCACAUGAACACAGUUGGUGUUUGUUAUUUUUGUUUUAUAUUUCAUUUAUGCAUACAUAUUUCUGUUCUCUGAAGGUUUUUUUAUUGGCAUUCACGUGCCGCCUGUGAGCGCAGGCGGCCCAUCAGCGUCACUCAUUAACUAGCCAAGCCCUGCUCUGCUGAUAGGGCCACUUUGACAACAUCUCUGCAGUGACAACGGACGCGCUUCACUUUGAAUGAGCCCUUUUUGAAAAAAAAAAAAAAAAACUUUCUUCAAAAGACACAACCAUUUUUUCAUUUUUGUUCAGGAUGGAGGCCUGAAAUCUCCAGAGGUAAUACCAUAAAAUUGUUGCGUUGGAAAUUGAAGCUGAGGUAGCAAGGUGCUAAAAGACGUCAUCCACGUACUUUCAUGAUCAACAAUUCAACACGCGUGCAUGCAUGAUUUAUACCAGCCACACUGCUCUCAAAUGUCAAUGUUGUUAUGAAAUAUGAAUAUGAUUCUAUUGUAUUGAUCUCUUUUGUCGUUGCUGUCAUGUUAGCCGUGAGCGCUCCCUGAAAAGUACACACUCUCUGGACACAACAUUGAGAACCCCUGAGAAUUUCCAACAAGCCCAUUUGACAGUCAGCUCUUUUUAUGUGACAAGAUGGAGCACUCUGCUUUUUAAAAAAACAAACUGACAACACUCUUCAAAGAUCCCAUAUAUAUAUAUAUAUAUAUAUAUAUAUAUAAAACUGCUGUUUUUAAGAACCUACUGCAACGCCACUAGUCAAAAAAAUCUUCCUACAAGAGGAGCAGGUUUUGCAGCAGAUCAUUAAAAUCACCAGUCAAAGAUCCUUUAGGUUUUUAAAAACAGUAGAGUUGCUGUUUUUAAAAACCUAAUGCAAAAAUUUAUAGGAAAGGAGUGCUCUUGUGUUUUUGCAUACGUCAUUAAAAACGCUAGUCCAAGAUCCUGUAUAUGACAGGAAGGAGCACUCUGCUGUUUUUAAGAACCUGCUCCAAAAAUCCUAGUCAAAGACAAGAGCUCUCUAUUGGUUUUGCAGAAGGUGAUUAAAAUCGCCAGUCAAAGAUCCUCUAUAUGACGGGAGUGUUCUGCUGUUUUUAAGAACCUACUGCGAAAAAGCAAGUCAAAGAUCCCGUGCAUGACAGGAUAGCAUGACUUGAACUCCUCCAGACUCAGUGUAAAGUUGUACCUGGUGCACCUUGUUGAUGUCGGCCAUCUUUGCGACAGUGUUGGACGUGGGCGGAGUCUGGAUGCGGUCAUGCAUGUCCUGGCCGCUGUGGUGUUGAAGUGAUGGACUUCUUGGCCCACACGGCCCACUGGCAGUUCCUGGGCCUGCUGGUGGGCUGCCUGGCGUGGAUCCUCACCUUGGCGACAGCUGGCAUCAACGAGUGGCGCCUGUGGCAUGUGGACGACGUGUCGGUGGUCACCUCGGGCGUGGCCUGGGUGGGCAUCUGGAGGGCGUGCUUCAACAGCCACAUCCUCACCGAGGCGGAGAGCUGCCAGAGCGUGGGCAUCUCUGACGCCUUCGUCCCGGCUGAGGUGAAGGCGGCGCAGGUGAUGAUGGUGCUGGCCAUGCUCUGCGGCCUGGCGGGGAAUGUGGGCGGCGGCCUGGCGCUCAGGCUGGUCUACUUCUCGCUGGAGGAGCGCGGGAAGGUGCGCCCGCUCUUCUUGCUCACGGGGAGCCUCUACGUGCUGACGGGGGCCUUGACGUCCGUGCCCCUGGUCUGGAACAUGGCCGCGGUCCUGAACAACGCCACCAUCCACUUCCCCCCGCGCUUCCACCUCCCCGCUGCCCCCGCCAACCAGCAAGUGGGCGUGGCCAUCGGGUUGGGCCUCUUUGCCUCCAUCUUGAUGCUCAUCAGCGGGAUGCUGUUUCUCUGCUACAGACACGUGUGGAGGUCCCUCAACACCCCCGGAGACCCACGACACGGUCCCUGGACGCCAAGUGGACUUGCAGAAGGUUCAGGAAGAGCAAAGGAGGACGUCCGAGGCAGGAAUAAUCCAUCUUUCCACGCUGAUCACGUGUCCUGAUGGCUUUGGGGCCGAUCUGCGCUUUCCCCACCACAAACCUUAAGCAGAACCUUAAGAAGAAGAAACCUUGAAAAGUAGAUUCACGUUGUUUUUUGCUUUCGUGAACUGAACCUACAUUUCACCUGCAAUAACUCAACGAGUCUCCACAUCUAGCGCUUAACUUUCCACAUAAACGAAACCUUUCUGGAAUGAGGCUCGCUGUUGCCUCCUGAGGCAGGAAGUGGUAGUGCAGGUGAGCAAUCAUCCAAUCAUGUACAUUUUUCAUUGCAUUCACUUGUAUGAAAUACACAUUUCAUUACAUUGGGGGGAAAAAAGGUACAUUUUAGUUAUCACAAAUUAUUUGUUACAUUUUAAUGACUGUCUUAA